UUUUUUAAAUUUAUUUUUCUUCAUCAGCGUAGAUCUACAUUCGUAUAGACAGUGAAUUCACCUGCAAAGAUGAUGAUCUGCAGAUGAUGAUCACUGAUUUCCUGUUUUGUGAAACAGCUGUCAGCUGUGACCAGACGACAGCUGAAACUAUCAUUUUUACAACCAAAGAUUUCACUCAACACUAAAUCUGGACACAAAUUCUCCAUGGACGAUUAACAAUUAAAGUGCUGUGAGUGAUGCUGCCUUUGACUGUAGUUCAUGUCUGAGACUGGAUGAAGAAGGAUUACAUAUUGAAAUGUGUUUAGUUUCUUUCUUUCGGCAAAAAGAAGAACAAUUCAUGAGAAAUGUUUUACGAGUGGGAGGAUCUCAUGCUUUGUUUGCAUUUGCUCUUUAUUGCGGUCAUUUGCACCUGCCUCCAGCGAGGAAGGGAAACACUUCUGCAUGUUGAAAAAGGAAGUAGGCGAGGCCUGUAGUAACAGUAACAAGGUCCAAAUAUCUGCAUGUUAUGAGAAUCGGAAUUUAAAAAGUUUGACUUUGGACCAGAGGAUGGGCUGCUGGUGAAACUCAGAGAGAGGCGUCUGUCCAGGCUUUCAGCUGUUCUGUUCUGGUCUGGACUGGAGAAGAAAACAUCUGCUGGAUAUUACAGACACUGUUCCACUGUUGUUCGCACGCUGCUGCUGCUCCGUUCCAUCUUUGCAACGAUGCCUGUGAUCGUGCUGGAGGCCAAAGACUUUGUCACACCACUCUUUAUGGUGAGGACAUUGGAAGUGUUGUCCACUUGUACCACCUUCAGUCUGGUGGCUUCACUGGACUCAUCAGAGGUGAACACGUCUUCAGUCGACCGCCAUCACCACGCCACCUUCAGGAUCUUCUGCAUGUUCACCUGGUGCUUCUUCUUCACCGUGACUCUCCUGCUCCACAUUCUCAGCAUCAUCCAGUUCCACAACCUGAUCCCAGUGUCCUGGAAGAACCUCACCAUGACUGUGGCGGUCCUGGGCAGUCUGAUGAACCUCAGCACCUCCGUGAUUUUCCUGUGGAUUGUUAUCAUAGAGAGUUAUCAGAAGAUCUCGCCACACUCCGUAGCAGCAGCAUCAGGUUCCUGGCUCACUUGCCUGCUGUACGCUUCGGAGUCCUGCAUUCUUCGCACCCGGGUCCAAGAACAACGAGGCUACAUGGGAAGCACGCCUGGUCUCUUAAAGAUUCUCCAACUGUGGGGAGGAUGUCAGAUGAUGCCCCUGGUGGUAGAGGUGGCCUACGGUCUGUCUCAAAUAGGUAACUGGCAGAUAUGGGUCACGGCGGUGGCCUACGGCGUCUGCCUCCUCCUGGGUCUCAUCACACUUGUGGUCAUUUUGAGUGACUGUGCCGGCAGAUGCUUCCUGCCGUUUGACAGACUCAUGGCCAGCUUCAGUCUGAUGGGCGUGUUGUUCUACAUGGUGGCCACUGUGAUCUGUUUCACCAAGAUCCUGCAGCUGAAAGAAUACACAAUAGGCUUCCAAAAACCAAAUUCACAGUUGGUCAUCAUGGAGACGGUUGUUGCCAGUGUCACACUGUUGGCUUACACUGUGGACGUCGCCUUCUCCAUCAAAUUGUUGUUCGACAGAGUUCAUACAUAAAAUGUGAAUUCACACAGAGCUCUGUUGUUUGCAGUCACCAAGUGACCGUUGACCAAAGACUUCAAACAUUUGGUCCAGUAUGGCUGGUGCAGAGUCAUAAACAAAAAUAUUUUUCUCACUAACUUCUCAUUUCUGCCUAUUGACAGUAAAAAUUGUAUUGUAUAUUAACUGUGAUGAUUCCCAACCUCUGUACCGCAGCACGUCAGUGUGCCGUGAGAGUUCAUCACAUUGAAGACGAUUAAAUUUUACUUAAUUGUUUCAAAAACUAUUAUUUUGGUAAAUUAUGAAUAAUUAAAACUAGAAAGUCAAUAGAUUUAAUUACAUUUAGUUUUUGAAUGUUAAAUCUGUAUUUAAUAUUUUUUUGAUUGGCUGCUAUUUAAACCACAUCUCUGUUGUAAAAGAGAUUUUCUUUUUGAAACUUCCUGGUUAAAAAACAGUAAAUAAUUAAGAAUCUCUAAGUGCUACUAGUCAGUUAACACAGAACUUGAAGUUGACUCCAAAUCUGGCUCCAGUUCUUGACUUGGCCUCACAAACAUCUGUCGGCAGCUCUGAAUGAAAAUCAAACAAAACUGAAUAAAUGAAGUUAAUUAAUUUGUAAAAAUGUAUAAUGUCUACAGAUGGAAUGUAUGUCCAAAUGUAUAAUAAUGGGCCAUACAUUUAGACCUAUGUACAAUAAGCCAGGCCGGAAUGGCUAGAUCUGACCUGCUGUCCAUUGAAAAAAUUAUUGUGUUAUGAAUGUUUGUAUUUUUUCCCACUAAUUUCAAGUGCUCUUUAACAUAUCCCAGUGAUUAUUUUGCUAAUCAUAAUUUUUCUAAAUAAAGUAAAGUGCUCUUGUGUAGGGCUGUUUACAAUAUAUUUUGUACAAGAAGAAGAAGAACACAUCACUAACAUUUUUGGAAAUUUCUGUGGUGGACUUUCAGCAGCUGUGUCUAAUAAAGAAAAAAAAGGUGAAAUGAAAGAUUUAUAAAAGCCGUUAGUGACAGGAGAUGAGAACAAACAGGUUUUAUGGACUGGAACCUGAAACUGGCUUUGUGUCAAUAAGUGGAAUUGUUUUAAUAUUUAACUUUCUUCUGCUGCAAAAGGCAAUCAUCUAAUAAAACACAGUUUGAUUAGAUGAAUUUUUGUACUUCAAACUAUUGAGGCUUAUCAAUGUGUAUACAGUAUAUUGUGGCUAUACUAAUAAUCUAUCACAGGGAUUCCCAAAGUGUGGUGCGAGCACCCCUGGGGAGUACGUGAGGUAUAAAUGUGAUAGCUUUUAUUGAGUGGGAUUUCCUUUGUAAAACUUCAAAUCAAACGCUGACAUUUUAAUCAAUAAAUCCAUACAAUCUACGUGUAUAUAUGAGUGUGUGUCUUUUUUUUUUUUUUUAAGGUAUACAGAAUUGGGGGUGCGUCGACCUGGUUGGGAUACAGAAGGGGCUGACAGCCUAAAGGUUUGGGAACUGCUGAUCUAUCAUUUGGGGCUAUGAUAUGUACUUAUGUGUACACGUUGUUUAUGUAUUGGAUUUUUAUAUUUAGUUAUAUUUAUACCUC